UAUCCAAACAUCCUGUGCUCCCUCUCUGCUCCACCGAGGGCUGGCGUGGGCAUCGGUGACCCAGCGGCAGCAAAACCUGAGCACAGGCUGCCCAGAGAGCCGGGGGAAGGCUGAAAGCAGCAGCAACAGAGCGAGCAGCCGGAGCAUCCCCCAGGAUAACGGCAGAGGAGCAGGCAGGAGAGCCCGGGGGGCUGUGCCGUGCGUGUCUCUGGACAGGAGCUCUCUGCAGCCCUCACACGUCCCUGGCAAGUCUGUCUGCAUCCGUGUCCCAGGGAAGAGCAUCCUUCUAGGAGGAAGAGCUGGAAAUCAGUCAGAAGAGAAAAGAGAACACGAACAAACCACCAGCUGUUGUCCCUUCGCACAGGCAGGUGAGGGAGAGGAGUUUAGGGGAAUGAAGCUGGAGGAUCCAGAGACUCGGAAAGGAAAAGUUGCCCUGACGGGAGACCUGGCGUGCUAGAGCCUGAGCUCUGCUCCACAAUGGGAUUUCUCGUGCCUAAAGGAAACCUCCUCCUCCUGCUGUGUGCCAGCAUCUUCCCCGCCUUCAGCCAGGUGGAAACCCGAGCCCAUGCAGAGGAACGUCUCCUGAAGAAACUCUUCUCUGGUUACAACAAGUGGUCCCGCCCAGUUGCCAACAUCUCCGAUGUGGUCCUGGUCCGCUUCGGCUUGUCCAUUGCCCAGCUCAUCGAUGUUGAUGAGAAAAAUCAAAUGAUGACCACAAACGUGUGGGUGAAGCAGGAGUGGCACGACUACAAGCUACGCUGGGACCCCCAGGAGUACGAGAACGUCACAUCCAUCCGAAUCCCCUCGGAGCUCAUCUGGAGGCCAGAUAUUGUCCUCUACAACAAUGCUGACGGUGACUUUGCAGUCACCCACCUGACCAAGGCCCACCUCUUCUAUGAUGGAAAAAUUAAAUGGAUGCCACCUGCUAUCUAUAAAAGCUCUUGCAGCAUUGAUGUCACCUUCUUCCCCUUUGACCAGCAAAACUGCACUAUGAAGUUUGGCUCCUGGACCUAUGACAAAGCCAAGAUAGACUUGGUGAGCAUGCACAGUCAUGUGGACCAGCUGGACUACUGGGAGAGCGGGGAAUGGGUCAUCAUCAACGCUGUGGGCAAUUACAACAGCAAGAAAUAUGAAUGCUGCACAGAGAUCUACCCUGAUAUCACUUACUCCUUCAUUAUCCGGAGGCUGCCACUGUUCUACACAAUCAAUCUGAUCAUCCCCUGCCUCCUGAUCUCCUGCCUGACUGUCCUGGUCUUCUAUCUGCCUUCAGAGUGUGGAGAGAAGAUAACCUUGUGCAUCUCUGUGCUGUUGUCCCUCACUGUGUUUCUGCUGCUCAUCACAGAGAUCAUCCCAUCUACCUCCUUGGUCAUCCCUUUGAUUGGAGAGUAUCUUCUCUUCACCAUGAUAUUUGUUACCUUGUCUAUCAUCAUCACUGUCUUUGUGCUCAACGUGCACCAUCGUUCCCCACGUACCCACACGAUGCCUGACUGGGUGAGGAGGAUCUUCCUUGACGUAGUCCCACGCCUCCUCUUCAUGAAACGUCCCUCCGCAGUGAAAGACAAUUGCAAGAAGCUCAUUGAAUCCAUGCACAAAACAAACAAUACACCAAGGCUUUGGUCCGAGAUCGACGUAGAACCCAACUUCACUACCUCAUCUUCCUCCAGCCCCCAGAGUAACGAACCAUCACCUACGUCUUCCUUCUGUGCCCACCUUGAGGAGCCAGCUAAGCCUCAGCCUAUUUGCAAGUCUCCUUCUGGGCAGUACUCUGUGCUGCACCACGAGCCUGUACAGGUGACGUGCUCCUCUCCACAACCCUCACGCCACCCCCUGAGUGACACCCAGACCACUUCCCUCCUGAAAGGCAGAUCACUAAGUGUGCAGCAGAUGUACAGCCCCAAUAAAGUAGAGGAAGGGACCAUCCGCUGCAGGUCCAGGAGCAUCCAGUAUUGUUACCUGCAAGAGGACUCUUCUCAGACCAAUGGCCAAUCCACUGGCUCUCCAGCAUCCCAGCGGUGCCAGCUAAAUGAAGAGCAGCCCCAGAACAAGCCCCCUCAGUGCAAGUGUAAAUGCAAAAAGGACGAGGCAGCUGGUGCAGCAGCUCGGGAGAGCAAGGCUCACAGUGCCAAAGAGCAACAUCUGAUGUUGAUGUCCCCAGCCCUGAAGCUGGCAGUGGAAGGGGUUCACUACAUCGCAGACCAUCUGCGAGCAGAAGAUGCGGAUUUCUCAGUGAAGGAAGACUGGAAAUAUGUCGCAAUGGUCAUUGACAGGAUCUUCCUCUGGAUGUUCAUCAUUGUGUGUUUGCUGGGAACUGUUGGUCUCUUCCUCCCACCGUGGCUGGCAGGAAUGAUCUAAAUAUAACCCCAGAAGGAAGGAAGUAUACCCCACGUUGUGGAUUUUAGUUCACCUGGAGGGAGAGGAGCAGAGAAAUGGAGGCAGCCUUUGAAUAAUUUACUGCGUGUCUGCGCUUGAGUUGCCCCAGAGCUCUCUGGGAAUACUUUCCAAGGUCACAUUGUUUUGCUGAUUUUCAUCUCCUCCAUCUAAUUUAGGGGAAAAGUUCUUACUAAAGUCUGUACAUAGCAUGGUGGCAUUCAUUGGCAUAUACUCAGCAAUGUAAGAACACAAGCUUGCUCCCUACAGCAGCACAUAAAAGGGCUUCACAUCUACAAACCAGCCCUUGGCAGAUUAGCUCCAGUCGUCCUCAAAGGUCUCGGUGUGCCCUGCCUGGUAAUUUUGCCCUGUCAAGCUUAAGUGCUUCAGGACUGUGUGUCCUUGUAUGAGCCAUUUUAUAAAUAAAGUUCCAGAUUUGGGAUACCUGUGUAGGAGGUGGUCUGUGGUCAGCUGAAUCCAGAGCCUGGGGAAGGUGGGACCUGAGGUGAGAUGCCAGCUGCAGGCUGGCACAUGUGGCUUGCCCAUGCCACAUGGCUCAGUGAGCAGCAGAGAACUGU